AUGGACGCCGUCUCCAAUGUCCGCCCAAUUGCCAUCCUGGCGGGCUACAUGGCGACCGCCAUCCUGCUCACCAGCUUCUGCAUCGCCGUCAUCCGCGUGCGCUGGGACGCGACCGCGGGCCUAUCGCUGGCUGAACACGCCCGCCGCCGCACCGCCAUCUCCGUCUUCAGCAUCCUCGCCGCCGUAAGCUUCGGGAGCACCUGGUACCACAUGUUCCGCUUCUUCGAGUGGUCGUACACGCAAUGGGCCUUUUCGUCCGUCGCCGAGGAGCUCCUGACGGCCGAUCCCAAUGGCCUGCAUCUGGGGCAGUGGCUUCGCGACACGACUCUCUUUAAGCAGGCAUGGGCUUCGACGUUGGAGACGCCGCCGAGGGCCUGGUGGUCGAUGCAGAUCUUUGCUUUUUGCGCUAUUUGGAGCGUCAUGCUUGCGGCUCAUUCCAAGAAGAGAUGCAUUCCGCACAUGUGGGCAUUCAUGCUUCUGGGUCAGGUCGUUGCUAUUUCUUUUGCUGCGAACCUGUCAUUUCUCGCAUUCACAGUCUACAACGUAACCUCUCCUUCCAAGAAUGCCAAACCCGGCGCUGCCAAGGCGUCACAGCCAGAUAUGCUAAUUGCGCCGCCAUCAUCGUCGCCGUUCUGGUGGCCUUUCAUUCUUGGAGCCAACAUAAGCAUUGUUUCUUACAUCCCGGACCUCUUCGGCCACUCUAGCUUCUUGCCGGUCCUGAUGGUACCCCACAUCCUGGCUUUCGCUCCGCUGCUUCUGAACAGCCUGUUGCCCGUCCAUGUGCCCGCGCCUCUGGUCCACGAGUCACCCAUGCUGUCCAAGGUUGGGGCCGUGGCCAUUCUGCUGUUUUUUGCCACUGCCAAAGUGUACAGUGAGGGCGGAGACUUGGGUCUUAUCCUUAGCACUUUGCAUCAACAUCCCGCAGUCAGUAGUGUUGGCUGGGAUGUUAUCUGCUGCUGGGCGAGCUUUGCGGCCUGGCAUUUCCUUGGCCAAGAGUAA